UUUUUUAAUCUCAAUUUGGACAGUCUUAGGAAAGUUAGGAACCCAAUUACCUGAACAACAAAAACAAAGGAUUCAUUUUAUCUGGCCAUUUUCAUUUCCCUUGGAAACUAAAUUUUUUUCAAAUUUCACUCUUUCUUUCUGCACAAUAUUUUUCCCAUCUAUUUUUUUUCUCAAAACUCACAUAUUAGUAUUUUCUCCCACAAAAUUUCAGCUCAUAAUUUUUAUUUUUCUGUUUCAUCCAAUCCUGCUCAUUUAUUUUUAAUGACAAAAUAUACGCAAAUGGUGCAAAGUUGAAGAUUUUCCACAUCUUGUUUCAUGCCCAGCUCCUCAAGCUAGCUUUUGAUUUUGAUUUUUCUCAUUUUCUGGCUUAAAUUUUUCAUCUUUUUCUAUAAAAAAAAUAAAAUUCCCAGCAGCAUAGUAGUAGAAGUUUUUGGUGAUUGAGUUUGAAGAAGAAGAAGAAGCAAAAAAAAAAAAAAGAGAGAUAUUGAUGUGUGGUUUUACUUUAUGUUACGUGUGAGUGGUACUACUUCACAAGUGUUUGAACAUGGAGGCCAGUGGCGGUGUUAGCAGCGGCGUUACGGUGGUGGGAUCGGAUGCUCCGUCGGACUACCAUGUAGCUCCGAGGACCGACAACCCGGCUCCCGCAAGCGGAUCCACGACGCAGAUUCCUGCGACGGCGGGGAGUGCUCUGUCGCCGUCACAUCCGCCUCACACGGCGGCGAUGGAGGCGUAUCCGGCGACGAUGCCAGCGAAGAAGAAGAGGGGCCGGCCGAGAAAGUACGCACCGGACGGGUCGGUGACCAUGGCGCUGUCUCCGAAGCCGAUAUCUUCCUCCGCUCCGUUGCCGCCGGUGAUCGAUUUCUCGUCGGAGAAGCGCGGAAAAAUAAAACCAGCUAGCUCCGUGAGCAAAGCCAAAUUCGAGUUGGAGAAUUUAGGUGAAUGGGUUGCAUGCUCAGUUGGUGCUAAUUUUACUCCCCAUAUCAUCACUGUUAAUUCUGGAGAGGAUGUUACUAUGAAGGUAAUAUCAUUUUCUCAGCAAGGACCUCGAGCUAUAUGCAUUCUUUCAGCUAAUGGUGUCAUAUCAAGUGUCACACUUCGUCAGCCCGAUUCUUCUGGGGGCACAUUGACAUAUGAGGGACGGUUUGAGAUUCUGUCAUUGUCUGGCUCAUUCAUGCCCAAUGAAAGUGGAGGAACACGAAGCAGAUCCGGUGGCAUGAGUGUAUCUUUGGCUAGCCCUGAUGGACGUGUUGUAGGUGGCGGAGUAGCUGGUCUGUUGGUGGCUGCAAGUCCUGUGCAGGUAGUGGUAGGAAGUUUUCUGGCAGGAAACCAACAUGAGCAGAAGCCAAGAAAACAGAAACACGAGGUUAUAUCAAGUGUGACACCAGCUGCAGUUGUUCCAAUCUCUACACUUGAUCCAGUAUCAAUUCUAUCAGCAGCGUCUUCCAUCCGCAACGAUAAUUGGUCUGCUAUGCCGGCAGAGGCCAAGGAUAAGCCAGCUGACAUUAACGUGUCGCUUCCUGCAGGGUAAUUAACUUAUAUAGGGCUUCAUUCCAUCUGAAUUUACAUUUGCUGCUGACAACAUUGUAAUGGGAUGGAUUCCUAGUUGUUGGCUUUGAUUUCCGUUGUUUGUUGUGUCUGUAAUUGUUGACUGUGUACCGGUACCAGCAUUGUAUUCAGAGGUUUACCAGGUUCCUGUUCUUGUAGAAUUUGAGUUGGCUGAUUAGGUAUGCUUUUAAUGCUGAUGUUGUGUCAUGAUCAACACUUUGAUGUGAUAGUUAUUCCUGAGAAUCCAUCUUCCCUUUGGAGUGAUAGAUUGUGCAAUCCACGUUAUUUCUUGGUAUUAA